AUGUCGACCGCAGCUCGACAACCUCUGUACGCAAUAGUGUUUGUUUUGUUCAUAAAUAUAACAAGUGCUUCCUUUUGCGACAUCAUUAAACAAAAAUACUCACCCUCAGAGCGUUAUGUCAGUCAACACGGUGUGCCGAAGAACAUUACUUUGUUCUGGGACAGUGACCUGGCUCGAGCUGCUGCUGCCCAGCUCAGUGUCGUACUACGUUAUGCUCUGGGCUAUCGUCAUGUUCGCUUUCAGCAGAUUGCUGCCAACACCCCUCCCGAAAGCCCUUGCAAGGAAAAUGGAAUACUUAAAGAGGUGCGAAUCAGCAUGACAACUGCAUCAGUACGGCAUCGGCUACACCUACGGUUAGCAAAACUCUUUCAGGAUAAAGCAGUGUGCCUUAACAUGGAUAAAUUGAGCUCUUACACUGAUGAUGCCUUAAUAUCAGAAUGCGGCUUUGGUGACUCAUUUGCCAGCGGUCGCCAUAUUAUAAAUGUCAUCCAACUGAAUUCGAAAAGCCAAACAAUGGUAGAUACGGUGAAGCAAGAUCUAACAAAAUCUGGAUUGCCCUUCGUGUAUAAGGAGAUAAAUCGUACAGACCUGUUCCAAUUGUUCCGAUCAAGCAAGCAGUCAUUCUUCUUCAUAGACUAUGACAUGUGGGCUGGCGCACCAGACGUGAGUGUUGUGGAACUACCUCUCCAUUUAAAUGGUUUAACCACCUUACGAAGACAAAAACUUAAUAGUAAUAUCAUUACGACCGUGGGUGAUAGAUGUUUACUAGAAGACUAUGCACCACAACUUUUAGUGAUUGCAUAUAAAUACGCGCCUUCUCCCAAUGUUUUAAGGCCAAUACUUGAAAUAGAAAACAGUUCUAAAGAUAUUGAAGAAGCGGUCUGCAAAAUGACUACAUCAAGAAACUUUACGUCAGUAAAUAGUUUAGUUGGAAAGUACAAGCCUAGAAAGAAAAAUUAUGUAAUAAUGUGUAUUAUUUGUGAUGAUGACCCGGACAUUGAUGAAUAUGAUGAAUUGUUCUUUUUCCUAGGUAUGAACAGAUACAAAACGAGCGAUUCGAAGUUUUUUAUUAUCACCAGAAUUAUGGACUUGAACUGUUCCGACCCCGAAGGUGUAAUAAGAGAUAUAAAUGACUACAUGUUGCACAAUCUUACAUCAAGUUACAUUGGAAUAUUAGUAGGUGGCUUGCCAAAUAUCGCGGCAAUUACAAAGAUUUUAAACGUAUAUAAUAUACCAGUUAUAUUUUAUGACUCUCAUUCUAUUGAUGCUCCUGCUAUUGAAGCGAUUUCUACACCAAUUGAAAAAGGCUCUACAUCACAUAUGUGGGUCUCUACAGGUCGAACACUACAUUUAACUCUAGCACUGCAACAUUUAAUCCUUAAAAUGGGCUGGAACCGUAUCGCAGUUCUUUCAGAUCCGACUAGGAUAGCUAAGCGUUUCAUAGAUGACCUUAUUGAUCGAAGUAAUAAUUUAGAGCUCCGAGAACAUCGUGUGCGACAUAAUUUAACAGAUGUAGAAGCCGAUUUAUUUUUACAGCGAAUUAAAGCUGAAGAUGCAAAGGUAAUUUUAGUGAACACUGAUUACAAAGACGCUGCAACUAUCCUCACGGCAGCGGUAAAACUUAAAAUGAAUAUGGAUAAGAAAUUGAUUUGGAUUUUGCGUGAGUGGCGGAAAAAUAAAAAAAUAUUAAACAUAAAACAUUUUGUGAUUUCAUUUUGGUGUAAGCGUGGUGAUGAUAUUCAUAGUACUGGUACAGGCCGACUGGAUUAUCUUAAAAAAGUAGAUGAACUUUGGCCACGUCAUGUAUGGCCACCGCAAACUGCAGCAUUCGUAAAUGCUGUAUUGACAGUUGUUGAAGGAUUCGAUGACGUAAUCCUUAAAUAUCCGCGAGCUCAAGAUGACACACAGACUAAACAAGUUAUUAGACAAUUCGAAAGAACCCUUUUAGAAGUACCGGUGAAGGGCUUAACUCAGACACUAACAUACAAGAGACAUAUGCUCGAAGAAGCUGUGGUGUACGUGGAGGAGUGGCAUAGUUACCAGCGAAAGUUUCAGGUUCAAAUGCGAGUCAACGCAACUUCUCACAAAGUAACCAUAGACUAUGUGAGAAGCAGGGAAUACUUUGCGCAGCUUCUGAAAGAUGAUGAAGCGAAUGAUUAUAAAAUAACUACCCAAACCAAACUAUGGUAUAUUUUAUGGGCGUUUGUGACGAUCGUCUUAAUAUUGCCACUGUUCGCAAUCAUACUACUACAUAAACACAUACACAGACGGAAAGAAACGGUGUGA